AUGGAUGCAGCUGACAAACCAACCAAUAUAAAUACGACAUUGCACACUGACGAGGCUUCCAAAUAUGGACAAAAAUGGGGGGCAUUUGGAACAAGGGACUCUGAAGGAAAUUAUCGUCUGUUAGGCCUUAGAGACAUGGCAACAAAAUCAUCGCAUGAUACUCUGGAAACAUUUAAGGAAAUUCUUUCGGACAUUGAUUUAGUUAGUAAAACUGAAGAGAUAACUUCGGCAAAAAUUUUAACCAACAUAAAAAAUACUAUGAGUGAUAGGGCAGCAACUGAAACCAAAUUUAAUACUUUGCUGAAGGAAUAUAGGAAUGAAAUUUUACCAUUAGUUUAUAAGAAUUAUGAAAAAAUGAAUGAAGAAUCACAACAAGCUUUAAGUCAUAUGAACAAUUUCUUUUGUGGACUGCAUACCCUAGUGCAUAUGGCCGAUGUUUCUCAAAAAUCUUUAUAUGAGGUUGAAAGAAGUUUUUUUGAAAAUGAAGUUCCUAUUUAUAAUACAAGUUUUUCAAAACAAGGUAAUUCCGGUACUGUCAGGACUGUUCUAACAGCAUGCAAAGCUUUCGCACGCAGAGGAGACCAAAAGAAUGGCUGUUACCAAGGAUUUAAAACUUUUAUUUGUGACUUUUUGAAAGAAAAUAAUAUGCUGUCUUUGCCCCUACAACCUUUGCGUGGAAAUCGUUUUAAUAUUUUAUUUACAAAUGCUGGCCAUGUUUACUUUUUGAAAGAAAAAAUGAUAGAAUAUUUAACCAAAACGAGCUGCACAAAUGGUCUUUUACAAAGCGUUUUACAAGAUUUGCAGACACCGUUUUUUGUAAGUGGAUGUAAAGCUCUUGGUUUAAUAUCAAAAUUUAUAACAACCCCUUUAUGGCGAAUCAUCGAAAGCAAAGAUAUCACAAUAUCCGCAAUGAACAAUAAAUAUCUUGAACUUUUAACUUUUUUGAAUGACAUUGUAAACAACUUAGAAGAUUUUAUUGCUGGAAAAUUAUUCCCAUUUAAAGAGGUUGAAAUUAAAACUGACAACAUGCUUGAAAAACUGUUGCAACCAAGUGAAAAUGAUGACAAUGUGGUUUUGAUUCUAUCUGUGAUAAUUCCUGCGUUCCUGGAUAUCCUGCCUGGUUCAAUGUCAUUUAUGCUGAUGAUCAGGCGGUCUAUUCUAUUCAGCUUGGUGAUGAUUAUCGAGAGGGAGAUGUAG